AUGGGACAGACUAACAAUGUGACAGAAUUUGUCCUCCUGGGCCUCACUCAGGAUCCUGAGGGGCAAAAAGUAUUAUUUGUCAUAUUUUUACUCAUCUACAUUGUGACAGUGGUGGGCAAUCUGCUCAUCGUGGUGACUGUUUUUGCCAGCCCUUCCCUGGGCUCCCCCAUGUACCUCUUCCUUGCCUGUCUGUCACUCAUAGAUGUGGUUUAUUCCACUGUCGUUUCACCAAAAUUUUUUAUAGACUUACUGCAUGAUAAAAAGACAAUUUCUUUCUCAGCUUGUAUGGGACAGCUCUUUGUGGAACACAUAUUUGGAGGCGCUGAGGUCUUCCUACUGGUGGUGAUGGCCUAUGAUCGAUAUGUGGCUAUCUGUAAGCCACUACACUACCUAACCAUUAUGAAUAGAAAGGUUUGCAUCGUGCUGUUGGUGGUGGCCUUGGUUGGAGGUUUUAUGCACUCUACGUUUCAAAUUCUUGUUGUGUACAGCCUCCCCUUCUGUGGUCCCAAUGUCAUUAACCACUUCUUCUGUGACAUGUACCCGUUAUUGGAACUCGCCUGCACUGACACCUACUUUGUAGGCCUCACGGUUGUUGCCAAUGGUGGUGCAAUCUGUACGAUCAUGUUUAUCAUUCUGCUAAUUUCCUACGGAGUCAUCUUAAAUUCCCUUAAAAGUCACAGUCAGGAAGGGAGGCGCAAAGCCUCUGCCUGAAGUUCUCACGUCACGGUGGUUGUCUUCUUUUUCAUUCCCUGUAUUUUCAUGUAUGUUAGACCUGUUUCUAACUACCCCAUUGAUAAAUAUGUAACUGUGUUUUAUACGGUUAUCACUCCCAUGUUGAAUCCUUUAAUAUACAGCCUGAGAAAUUUGGAGAUGAAAAAUGCUAUGAAAAAACUGUGGGGUAAAAAUUUAACUAUAUUUAAUAAGAAUGUGCCACUAAUAGUAAACAUAUUUGUUACUAAUUCCAAAGUAGAAAAGAAGCAGUAA